CUUUAUGAUCUCACAUCGUAGGACAAUAAUGAUCUUCGCUCAGCGUUUUCGCAGCGGGUUUCUUCUUCUCUCCUUUGGUAAGUGAACUAUAACAGUCUCAGAACCAUGCAGUACACAUACGCACACUGAUCUAAGAGUCUUUUUCGAAGGGUAUCCUUUUUGUUUUAUAAACUACUUCAGUAGCUGGGGUAGAGAACUCUUGUAUUCAAGGACAAUGAUUACAUUUCAACGUCAAAUCGCCACUUGUUUAGCGAAGUUAAUAACUGACGACGUUUACUUAAACAGUAAAACUGGACUCGAGAAACCAACUGUCACAUAAUUGAUUGAAAUUGUCUCACUUAAGUUUACACACGGCUGAAAGUAGACGGUGAGAAGUUCAUGUUUGCCGUUUGCUGUAAAGAUCGUGCCAGACCUCCCUGCUAUUUCACAGUCAUCAAUGUGACGCGGAAAAAGUGAUUCAGUCCAGAAAUAGAAGAUAAUUGUAAUUCAGUAACAGCACUUUUCAAUCACGGUUUGAUUUUCCCAAUUUAGUAAUUUUUUCUCUUCAAUUUUGUUGUUGUUGGCUCAGGUCUACCUCAAUGAUUGUAAAGUUGCUGCUUCGUGGCAAAUGUCCUGCUGUUUCAAACAGUUGUUUUUUUUCUCACUUAUUUAAAGUGAUUUCAAUUCCUAAUGUCUUUUAGCUUUAAUGAUCUGUAUAUAUACUUCUAAGUUUUUCGUAGUUACGCCCGUCGCUAAUUGGUAUCUAUUGCUGAUUUCUUUAAUGACAUUAAAUGAUAUUUUGAAUAAAUCAGGCAUUCAGGCUUUAUCCUCGAAGAAAACACUGAACAUAUUUUGCUCCUGUUGUGGCCUUUAUCAACGCUGACGUUUUAAGUCCUUAAUGAUCAAUAUUAGGAGUCAUUUGACUUACCUCUUGUGGCCAACAUUUUAUUAUAAACAGAUUUAGUAAUAUCUUAAUCUAAGGCUAGGAGGACUGAAACGAUAUCAUCAUCUGCUUAAAAUAUGCCUUACUUCACAGACAGUGAUGGCAUCGUCUGUCUUGGUAUCCAUUUCUGAGGUCUCAACGUCAACACAGUUUUAAGGGGUACAUGUAUCUACUGUUCGUUUCGUGACAACAAUUACUUUACCCUGGAUUACAUGAGUUACUUGGCUCUGAUCAUAAGAGUUCCCGUGGUAACCUUUGAAGGACUUUAACAUUUCGCCAGUCGAAAUAUGGUCGACUUUUAUGAAUUAGAAUAUCAUAUUUCCGUCAUUAAGUCGUAUUUUCCUCUCGGCUUCGUAUAAUUUGCGGCAAUCAAAGACUCAGAGAAAUAGAAAAUAUUGUCAGACUUAGAAGGAUAGCAAUUCAUAUUAGUCUUCAGUCGAUACAUUAUCAGGUGAUGCAAGGCCAGAGGAUGGAAAAUAAACAGGAACUUAACGCGUGCAUAGUCGCUAACAUAUCCUGAGUUUUGAAAAGAUUCUUAGGAAUGUCAUCGCACGCGGAUGACGUACUGCGCGUAUUUCAGUUUCGCCUUUCGGACAAGAUCAAAUACUAACUUUGCAUACGACAGCAAGCUUUGUUCACAUUACACACGUCAUUCAAAUGAGACUUAAUGGGUUAAGUUUGCAAAACUAGGUAGGUGUUUCAUUUGCAUAUAGCCUUAUUUCAAGGAACCUUUUUUUUUCAAGGUUUAAUCAAACUUCAGAUAUGUCAGAUAUGACAGUGUACCUCCAACUGUAAUAAUUACUUUGCUUAUCAUUGUCUUCUAAAAUAUUUUUGGCGGUGGAAAACUUUCAUUCUCCACAGCUUUGUUCCUGAUCGUGUGUUUUGCUGACGAAGGAGGGAACAAACAUGACGAUAAUGAUGAAAAGAUAACAAUUCGUGGCAGUAACGUGUCGGCCAGAAUACUUGGUCGGUCAGGAAAAAUAAUGGUUGUGCGAAAUGAAAAAGACGACGAUGAUGACAAAGAUGACAAGGAUAAUGAUGACAAAGACGACAGAGAUGGCACAGACAAAGACGACAAGGAUGACUCGGACAGCAAGGACGACAAAGAUAAUAGAGACGGCAAAGAUAGUCGAGAUGAUAAGGACGGUAAAGAUGACACAGACGAUGAUAAAGAUGAUGAAGAUGAUGACGAUGAUGAUGAUGAUGACGAUGACGAAGAUUUUAACGACAACAACGAAAACUUGUUAACUUUUGAACUCGAUGAAAUCGAAGAAAAAGAUGCAGAUGACAAUGAUGUCGAUGACAAACAUUCCGUGGAUUCCUUUGAUGAUGUGAAGUUCACUUUUGGGAAAGUAAAUAAGAAGUCUACGCUCAAUGGAAUCCGCGUCACUACUGUGAACUUGUCAACUUAUUUUGAUGAUCAAAAGGCUUCACUUGAAAUCAUAGUGUACUUGUUUCAUGAACCUGGGAGUGUCAAAUUUGGUAAUGAGACUUUUGCCGUACAAAGUGGAACUGUCAAGUUCAAUAUUAAGGUGAGUAAAUGCAGCCAACAGAGCUGCGUAUGAUUUCUGUUAUAAUAAAACUUGUGGUUCUAUCAACGUGGCCAUUUUUUACCAUUUCUAUAAUUUUUUUUUUGAACUAUUGUUUUACGGUAGGAAAAUCUGUAAUUUAUCAGUGCAGGAGAAACCAUAGAGCUAGAAACGGUAAGACUAAGAUCUGAAACAAAUUUGAUAAGCAAUGGAAGUUUAAACCUCUAUCGUAAUUAUUUCCAGCUUUAAGUGGAUCUAUUGCUUUUACAUAUCAUCCCCAGCUUGUGAUUUCAGUCGUUGUGUUAGGGUGUGUGUAUGUGCGUGUAUCCGUUUAGCUAUAAUAACUUCCUAGAGAGAUAUGUAUUCCUUCAAUGAGUAUCAGUGAAAAAGAAAAUGAUAAAAAAAUGCAGUGGUUAUGAUAAAUUGCUCAUAUGUGUCUAAUAUAAACAGAUCAGUAACUGGGAUUUCUGUGAUAAAGACGAUUCACCUGGAGACUGCAGUGAGGGCAAAGAAGGAAAAUAUCUCGAUCUUAGCCUUAAAAUAAAGAGCAAGGGAUCUCCGAAAGAGGUGGACGAGGAUGACCGCAAAAAAAAAAUCUGCGACUCUAAAGAUGACGAUGAUGAUGACGAUGACGAUGAUAAGGAUGAAGAUGAAGAUGACGAUGACGAUGAUGACUGCCCUAUCAUAUACGACGUUGGUGGAGACUCGGAAAUGCUGCUAAAUAAAGGGGUAGGUCAAGCGAACUUAGACAUAAAUGUAUUUCAAGAGAUUAAAACGACUCAUCUUGGCUGAUUUUUUCUGACAUGAGAAAUUUUGAACUACAAUUAGUAGCAAAAUUGUUGACACCUAAUCAACGAAAUGGCAAUAUUCUGAGAUAGCCAACCAAUGUUAUCGCUAAUACCCUCUUUUUUACUCCCUUUCCCCCUAUGCCGACGAGCUUUGAUUCCCGUGAUAAUAUAACAUUGGUUUGGGGAAGGGGGCUAAGUUAGUAUCAACAUAUGAUCUUAGUUGACGGUUGAGACCGACUCAAGUGAUCACAUUUCGCCUCGAAGUGUAGGCUUCACCGAGCGAUUUACGUUUCAACUUUGCCAUUAAUUGCAAGCUUUCUUUUCCCCUCGACGACUAAGAACAAUAUAAAUCACGAAUCGAUUUAUUUCAAAUUAACUUAAGUUUAACUUAAGUUGGUAAAGAACUUCACACCCCAGUCAAUUUAUUGCCUCAGUGAGAAAACAUUUCCUUCUAUGCCUAAUUCGAUGUGAUGUCAUUGGAGGCGUAGAUAUUCCGGAUAAUAAAACGAUCAACUGAAUAUACUUCUUUCUUGCAUCCGACAGGACUUAUACUCUAAUGUUUUAUGAGCGCUCGCCAUUUUCGGAAUGUUAAGCCAAAAAGAAAGUGAUAUAAGAGUAAUUAUUAACAAUUUCCUUGUAGUAAGUCUUAGGCGUCUUCAUAUUAUAAGCUUAUAUAAGCUUAGAUAAGAAUAACAGUUACUCAGUUAUUAAUUGCUUUUAAAUCGAUUUCUAAUGUGUCUUCCCUUUUCUAAGGUCAUGAUUGACGAUGAUGAGUACACUGCUAUGCCACAAGGAUUUCCCAAAUUUGAGUCAGAUGACAAUGAGAAGAAAUUCGUGUUUCGCAUCCCGAAAUUUAAGAGACACGUGCUGAUUGAUCCAAGUGUGAACGUUGGCAAGGUGCUAAAGGAAGUCAUUGUCGAGAGUGCUGCUUCUUGGUCACAAUUCAAUAUUGCUGUUACUGUUUUGCUUCUAUUUGUAGCUAUUUUUACAGCUCAGUUCUAGAAUAUGGAACAGAACAACUCACCUGAUUAAGGCCAAUUAAACGUUGUGUUUUUAAGUGUAUAUCUAAAUUGAAAAGUUGAUACAUGGAUCUGUAUCGAAAAUAGUUGCACAUAGCAUUCUUUUUAGGGCUAAUCUCGAGCUGUAAAGAUUUUCAUCGUCUUCAAAACAGAGACUGAUGUUGAAUUUUUAUAAGAGGAUAAUAGCUGUGCUGUUUCUCCUCGCAAGACUCGCAUUCCGUAAAGUGCCGAAAACUUACGGCUGAAAUCGAAACAUUGAGCGUGCGGCUGGCAAUUUUACAAUGCAAGAUUCAAAGCAAAUCCAUUUUUUCCUUUUUGAUAUCUGACUGAAAUAGCAGCAUGAAAUCUCUUUGUCAGAUGUUCUUUGCAUAUUACGACGAGAGGAUCUCGAUUUUCAAAAGAAACAUGUUUUUUCUGAUUUAUCUAGUCGAGCUUUCCUGACAAACUAGAU